UGAGAGUCAGUCAGCUGGAGACUGGUCCAAAGCAUCAGAAGAGAAAAAGACGCGAGGAAAUAAACAGCUAUCAUGGCAUCGUUAAACCUCGGGUUCAACGGGGCUCGUAAAAAAGCGGCAGCGCGUAUCAGAGCCGUAGAGAGGAGAAAUCUGAUCACCGUGUGCAGGUUCUCAGUGAAGACCCUCAUUGAUCGCUCAUGCUUUGAGACGAUAGACGACACAUCUGCUGAGUUCAUCAACUUUGUCUCCAUUCUAGAACAUAUUCUCAGCCAUAGACUGAAAGGUCAGGUCAGCUGGUUUGGCUAUGAGAGCCCGCGCAGUUUCUGGGAUUACAUACGUAUAGCGUGUAGUAAAGUCCCGCACAGCUGCAUCCACAGCAUCGAGAACAUGGAGAACGUCCGCAGCUCUAGAGCAAAGGGUCGUGCCUGGAUGAGAGUGGCGUUAAUGGAGAAGCGUUUGUCUGAAUAUAUCUCUGCAGCUCUGAGAGACUUCAAAACUACAAGGAGGUUCUAUGAGGAGGGGGCUGUAGUUCUGGGUGAGGAGGCGGGGCUUCUGGCAGAUACUCUGAUUGGACUGAAUGCCAUUGACUUCAGUUUCUGUCUGAAAGGGGAGGGGCUUGAUGAGAGCUGUCCCGUCAUCAUUGACUACACACCGUACCUUAAAUUCACACAAACUUCUGACAGCAUUAGCAGCGAUGAGGAGGAAAUGAGAACGCUGGGCAGCAGCAGCAGUGAAGCAGGCACUCCUGAAUCCCACAUGGCUGCCAGUCUGAUGGCCGAUCAGAGCACCUGGUACAGCAAGAGCAAAAGACUAGAGCAGAAAUACAGAGUCGUGCUGGAACAGAAGCUGCUACGGACCAUCUGUGCGAAUCAAUACAGAUGUCCGACGGUGAUGAAGAACCAUGACCUUCGCUCCAGACAGGAGCUUACCUCGCACCUGACAAACCAAUGGCCCUCACCUGGUGCCUUGGAUACUAAUGCAGUUGCCUUGGAUACGCUCCUGUACAGGAAACGCACAGGACCAUGGGAAGAGAAAAGCUUCCAGAGUUUGGAGCAGCUUUCUGCAGAUAUGAGUAUCUCUCAGAUGUCUCUGGAGCCAGCACAGCUGAACACGCACAGUCUGGACAGCAAGGCAGGACUUACACACUGGCACAGAGAAGGGAAAGAGGAUACUCCGUCUCUGAGGGGUCUGUGUGGUUCCUUAACCUCAAUGGCCAGUUACAAAUCUCUGGCCAGUCUGAAGUCCAGCGAGUAUCUGGCCAGUCCAACAACAGACAUGACCAGCCCAGGACUCACUCCGUCCUGAGAAACAAGUAUGGACAUAUAAACACAUACACAAAUACACCGGCCUGCUUCAGAUGGUGUGGCCUUCGAAUUGUAGUGAAAAAACGGAAAUCUACCUAUCGGUAUCAUCCUCAGAGACAUUUCAGCUAGACAAGAUGAAACCCCAGUGCUGUCCUGACUGGUUUUAGUUCAAUUUGAAGUGCAGUUUCAUUUUUAGAUGUGAACAUUUGGUCGUUGAAGUCCAUAGCUAGUGUAGGCAUUAGCAUUAGUGAAUAUU